UGGCAAUACCAACUUCAAUUUAUUUCUUUAAUGAAAAUUUACUUGCUCUAAUCAUAUAAAAUUUCCAGAAUCGUUUUCAAAUUAAAGUGAGACGGUACUUCACCACACCAAAAAAUAAGGGAAAAAAGAAAGAAGUUGGGGAGGGCCAUUCGGUUGGUGGAUUUUCUUCAAGUAGUUUAUUUUGAAGCUUCAACUAUAAGGCAUCAUAUUGAGGCAGACAUAACACAGAUCUGUGUUCAAUUUCUCUGUUUUAUGAAACAGCAACAAUGGCAAAAACUAUGACUGUGUGGUAUCUUUUCGUCACCCUUGCCUUCAUUUAUGCUGCUACUGCUGAUACUCAAAUCAAAAUUACUAAUAACCCUGCGGACAAGUUGGUAGCUGCGAUUAAUGAAAACAGAACUGCUCACAAGGUAUCAUCUUUAACUGACAACCCCGGGCUUGCGUGUAUUGCGCUACAAUACAUUAAAGCAUACCAGGGUGAUUGUGAUGCUGUGGGUGGACCUGAUGCAAAGAAGCCUCCUGAAUCUCAAUUUGCUGAAGUUUUUGCCCCUGCUUGUGGUGUUAAGGCCUCAACUCUUGCUCCUAUAACUGGUCGUUUCCUUGGAUGCCAAUCUAAGUAUGUUCACGCACCUGAGGCUUUUUCUGAAAUCCUCAUAAGAAACCAGAAGAGCUUAGACAUUCUCUACAGUAAGAAUCACACUCAGGUUGGUGCUGCAGUGACGGGUACUGAUGGGGGGUCUCCUUACUUCUGGUGUGUGUUGUUUAGCAGUGGCAAACCUAACAGCACCUUUACUUUAGAGGGUGGUGUGGCUAAAAUAACAAAACCUGGUUGCUUUAGUGGAGCUAAUGAUGAGUGCAGUGGUGCUCCUGAUUGGUCAGCACUCAGUAGGAUAUGGCUAUUUGCCACUUCAGUUCUGAUUGCAAUGUGGUUUGCUUUUCCAUUAUGAUCAUAAACUGAGAUGAAUUGUAUGAUUUCCACUUGAUUUAGAGACCUUUGCUGUCUUUGUUGUAUAUGACAUGCUUGGCCUCAACUAUUCUUUUUUCUUUUUUCCCUUUGUUUGAUUUUGUAAUUUGUUAUGAGAUUC